AUGAAGAAAGGUUUUAACUAUUGGAAAGUUCCAGCAGAAAGAAUAAAUCUUAAUGAUAUUAAUCCUUAUUCUAAAGAGUAUUAUAGAGGGUGUGAUGAAUCAAUAUUAACUAGUAAUUCAGAUGCAAUACUUUGUUAUAAAGAGACAUGUGAGGAUUUUAACAUUGAAAGAUUUAAAAAGCUUAAUUUUACAAAAGAACAAAUUGAUAUAUCACUGGGAUCAAGUCUGAAAUUUUCCCCCCGAUAA